GUAUGGGUAGGGUACCGCUUUGGCGAGUUCGAUUGCGGGCUUUAGGACCCGGCGGAGGUCCGAUCGUGCGCAUCUGUCGCCGCCCGGACUCCGCGAAGGGAGCGCGAGCCCGACCGGAGCGCCGCUCCAGACCGGCCCGGGCAGCGCUGGAUCCUUGAUGCGUGUGGCGCAGAUGAGAGUCGCCGGAUGCGGGCGCACCGUGCCCGCCUGACUUCCGAGAGAGCGCCGCAAGAUGAAGACGCCGCUGGUAAAGCGCCAUGGCAUCGCCGUGCUUCUCCUGCUGCUCCUGUGCGCCAGCCUCUUCCUGGUCUACAACGGCAGCUUCAACGGCGCCGUCCGGGACGCCAACGACACGCGAACGCAAGGGCGGCCGCGACCCACCGGCGUCUCCUUCAGGCCGGCCCGGCAUCACCCCCCCGCCCUCCAGGGCUACAGCAGCAUCGUGGACCGCAAGCCUCUCAAGAUGCACUGCCGAACGUGCGCCCUGGUGACUAGCUCGGGCCACCUCGUCGGAGGCGGCCGGGGCGAAGAGAUCGACCGGGCCGAGUGCGUCAUCCGCAUGAACGACGCGCCCGCCGCGGGGGUCUACGCGGCCGACGUGGGCCGCCGCACGUCCCUGCGCGUCAUCGCCCACUCCAGCAUGCAGCGUGUGCUGAAGAGCCGCAACCAGCUGCUCAACUCUAGCCAGGACGCGGUCUUCAUUUUCUGGGGGCCCAGCAGCUACAUGCGGCGCGACGGCAAGGGCCUGGUCUACAACAACCUGCGGCUCAUGAACCAGGUGCUGCCCGCGCUCAAAGUCUACAUCAUCUCCUGGCAGAAGAUGCUGCAGUUCGACGAACUCUUCAAGAAGGAAACGGGCAAGGACAGGAGGAUAUCGAACUCGUGGCUGAGCACCGGCUGGUUCACGAUGACCAUCGCCCUGGAGCUGUGCGACAGGAUCGACGUGUACGGGAUGGUCUCGCCCGACUUCUGCAGCAGGGACCCCGAGCACCCAUCGGUGCCGUACCACUACUACGAGCCAAGGGGCCCCGACGAGUGCGCCAUGUACAUAUCGCACGAGCGCGGCCGACGGGGGAGCCACCACCGCUUCAUCACGGAGAAGCGGGUUUUCGCCGAGUGGGCGCGGACUUUCGACAUCCACUUCUACCAGCCCGACUGGAGCCCCGCCCCUCUCCCGGCCAACCGCAGCGUGGACAUUGGAGCAUUGAACGGACCCCAAACGUGAUUCGGACAACGGCCCCCCGCCCCCCGGGGAAUACGAGCGGAAUUUGCCGUUGACACGAGAUGACGUUGAUCCUGAUUGACGUUUGUUGGGAAAAAUAUUUCAAGGCUGCUGCCAAAGCGCCGCAUGGAAGGCGUUCAAAGUCACAAGACUCCGUUCCCCUCUUUCCCCCCCCCCCCUCCACCGCCACCCCCCCCACGCUGUGAAGGUGAAGUUAUACGAGGAGCGAGCGUCGUCGUCUCAUGCUCACUCCGGAGAGCUUGCAGCAAUGUCAAUCAUUCCGUGCGUACGUGUGUGCAGGCGCUGUUCGAGAGCUCAAUUUCAAGUGAAACUUCUGAUGUUUUUCCAAAGAUGGAGGCGGUCGAGUGAAAUUAUUGCCUAAAUUUCUCCGUUUACUUUUCCAGACAUGUCGUACAUUUGCGUUCACCACGUCUAAAACCAAUCUGAAUAUGAAUCUGACCGCGAACGGCAAACUCGAUAUGAGCGUCGAUCAAAUGUCGACGCGUACGUCAAGUUCGCCCUGAAAUUGAAUCUCGUUAAAUUCGCGAGACGACAAGCAGCUGGCGCCACAGCAACCGAUCACGAGAAUCGGAAGAGGCGUGUUCUGAUGUACAGCGCGGCACCCCCCAUUUAACCGAGGCCUGCCGCUGAUCCCAAAAAUCUCUAACGGCCAACGAAGGUUUAUGUCGUACUGUAAUUUCCAAUGGAUGCCUCUAGAUCUCAAACUCGAGGCUCGGGGGCCAGAUCUGGCCCGCCACAUGAUUUUACGUGGCCCGCGAAGGCAAAUCAUGUGCGUCCACUUCCGUGAUUGUUGUUCAAAUCUUUACCAAAUUUUAAAAUUGUAAUAUAAAUCAUAAUGUUGAGGUAUUGCAAGCGUUUUUCCGUUACCAACUAUCAACAGUUGAAAAACCCAUUACGCUUGAUUUCUGAUUCCAAAAGUAAUUCAUAAAUUUUACGUGUCAAUAUGAUGAGGCGAUUAACGAUUUUUAUGGUUUCACAGUCGUCGCGGCCCUCCGAGGGGAACCGGAACUACAAUGUGGCCCGCAACAAAAAAUGAGUUUGACACCCCUGCUCUAGAUCGACUUUUGUCCGAAGCUCCUCAACUCACUUCGGCAGCAAGAUGCCAACAAUUGGUGCAAAGCAAUACUAUUAUUGGGAAAAUGCCAAACUGUAAAUAUGGGAGGGUUCAAGGUAACGGAUCGGAAAAGCCGCACACGUGAAAAAGUGCAAAGGAGCAGAUCAUCACCUGGUGUUGUAUACCUAUAAGGAGGCCAAGGUUUACGACUGACAUACGACACUGACGUAACGAGUUUGUACGGUAGUAUAAAAUAAGGUAGAACUCAUUGUUCAACAUGAGAAGUCAAAAGCCUUGAGCGUACGUUUCAAUUUGACCCGGAAGACGAGGUACUUGUAAACAAGCUCAAAAAGAGCUUAUCGCCACCUAGUGUUGUGGAGACAUACUGUAUAAGGAGGCCAAGGUUUACGACUGACUUACGACACUGACGUAACAUGAGUUUGUUCGCAAGUAUAAAAUGAGGUGGAAUUUAUUGACCAUGAAAAGUCAAAUGUCUUGGGCGUAGGAUUCAAUCCCACCCGGAAGUCAAGUCACUCGUGAACAAGCUGAAAAAGAGCUUAUCGCCACCUAGUGUUGUGGAGACAUCUAUGGGUAGUUUGGCCAAGUAUUUUAGUCGAAGAAUUAGAGAAUAGUGUUUGCCAUUACUCACAAAUUCAACUAGUUAUUGAUUUUUAGGGGAGCGAGAAGCUAUCUGUUGUUGAUUGCUGUACAACGCAGCUCAGGCCAAAGCUGUGUCUAAUAGAAAAGGGAUUGCUUCGCCGCCGUCUUGUGUCAUCUUGGUGCCAACGAACUAUGACGAAGAGUUUCUAUUUAACGGACUAAAUCCUGCUGUGCUACAAAAGUGAUGAAAAUGAACUGAAGACACACCGAAUUAGCUCCCAAGAGCAGUUUCACCGAUUGACGCGGAACUGAUUGGUCAUAUUUAUCAUUCAUCAAGCACGGUAGGCCCGAGGGCCUGAAAUUAAAAGUUAGUCCUUUAAAGUUUGAGUCUGGGCACAUCCGAGAGCUUCAUUUUACCCAAAAUAUUAGAGACGCAAUUGUAUCCCGCUCUCCAAACGUUAGAUUGCAACCGUUUUCAAGGACCUCAUGAAAAAGGACGUGGGAGUGCCUGUUGAUCGCAGCUUUCAGCUUGAAUUGUUUCUAUGUUUGCGUGGGAAUUUUGACACUCAGUGGCUUUUUCUAUUUGGGAUUUUAGUGUCACUUCUUUUCACGGCGGACCCUUCUUCCUAGCUGGGCGGCUUUCGAAUUAGCAGCGUCUGCGGCUAAUCGCGUGAUUGAUGCCGCUACAAGUCAGGCGAGCGCGGCCGUGUCACAGCAGACAAGAGGACGAUGAAGAUGGAGCGGCCGCAUCCAUCGCGCUACGUUCGUUGCGCCAGGCUUUUCUUGGAUGAGUGCGUGACACGGCAGUCGCUAGGUGAAGUGUGCUUAUAACGUGCCGCGUAUAGAACCGGCCCUCCCGACGGGCGUCAGCUGCUUUAUUGAGCGCUUUUUUUUUUUUUUUUUUCGCCGCCGCCGCCACUUCUCCGGGAAUCAGGUGCUAGUCAGUGGGGCUGAAAACGGAGAGACGAGGUUUUCUAAUUAUACAACUCGUCGAGUCCUCAUUGAUUUAGGCUUCGGCUUUGCGCGGUGAGUCAUGAGAGGAGUCGCGGUCUCAGACGAGGACGCAGCCGGAGGAGUCCUUUGUACUAUUACAUAAAAAAAAAAUAAAAAAAAAAAUCUAUGUUGCUCAAAAGGCUUGCAUGAGUAACAGCGUGUGGAGCUCACACUUGGAUUAUUUUCGGUUUGUGCCAAUUAACGUGCAAUCGGGAACGGGUUUGUUUUUGCUCCCCGGUGUUCUCUGUAUUUAUUCCCAGAGUAUUCAUGUGUCACAAAUGGAUGAAAAAGCUUAAACGUAACCUUACACUCGGGCGUCGUGCGGAGGCCGAUCCUGUGUCAUGGAAAUGAGCCACAGUUUACACCCGGCCCCUCGUACUGCGGGGCGCCAUUGCCAAGUACCCGUGAAGCACUCACAAAUCGGUAACAUUUCCAAACAGGUUGCUGCAUUUUGUGAUGUAAAAAUAAUUGUUUAGGCCUUGAUUUACUGAAGGUUUGCAAAUGUGAAAACGGCCACAAACUUAUUAAUUUAAGCAUAUUCAAGCACUUUUACCAUUUAACAGCCAGAAUGGAUAUGCAUUGCAAAUAGCUAUAAUUAAUUUUUUUUCGGCAAAAGGUUUCAAAUAUUUGUAACUCCAGUAUUUCGAUACACAAUUUUCAUCUCAGAUAUCCGCAACGAGAUUCCGCCUAGGACAAGGUCAUCCUUCCCCAAUCAUGAGAAUAGGAUUUGUCAUGACAGAUUGCCACUAUGUGAAUUACAGAUAUCUGCAACUGAACCGUACAUAACUGUAACUCCAGUUUGAGAUCUCUGCAAUUUAAUUUUGAGUAAUCAUAAUUCGAGUCGAAGUUCUCUUUAAUUCACUUCAAAUCAAGAUCAUUGCGUCCCCCUUUCUGAUAGGUUCACUAUGUCAAAAGACAGAUAUUUGUAGAUGGAAGGACUAGUUUGCCUCUUCCACCAACACUUCCAAUUCUAUCACUUCAAAGUUCUUGCGCUAGCAGUUUCCUCCCAAAUCUACCGGGCAAACCAUAAGAGCUACCAAAAGCGAAAAUGUGUCUGCAAUACAGCAGUUGCCGUCACUUUUACACCUGUUUCCCACAGUGUGUGUAAUCUGUUAGUGAGCUAAAAUACAAUUUAGCACCUGCUAUUUGAAGUCUGGGUAAAAGGUUGUAAUCUUGGUCAAUUUUAUGGUACACACCUAUCAACAGCAGACGGAAUCACUUUAGAGUGAACUAAUUUACACACUAUUUAGGAUCUUAGUAAAUCAGGCCUUACAUCGCUGUUGUUGGUUUAUAUAAUGAUAAAAAUAUGUAUAUUAUCUGUAUGUCCGGAUUUUGCUUCUAUUAAAAUUGGUUCUAAUUCUG